AUGGCCAGCCUAGAACUAGGUCUGGGCUUCCUCUUCAGCGCCCCGGUCACCCUGCGACCGGCCGCGCCACCACGGCAAACCGCUGCCUUGGCGACGGCGGAGGGCAGCAGGACGAGCCUGCUGGGCUUCUCAAGCCUAGCCACCCUGGGCACCCUUGGUGCCUUGGGCGUGGCCGGCCGGGCGCGCUCAACACGCUCAACGGUGCCGCGCUUGGCGGAGCCCAACGAGCAGCCGCCCGGGCAGAUUCCGCCCGUGCGCAUGCCGAUGGUCGCCACGGGCAGCGGAGCCAUCGACGUGAUGUCCAAGUUAUUGCAGGAUCGCAUCCUGAUGCUCAACGGCCAGGUGAACGAUGAGAUGGCGAACGUCUUGGUGGCACAGAUCCUGUACCUGGCCAACCAGGACUCAGAGAAGGACAUCACCAUCUACAUCAAUUCCCCAGGUGGCUCCGUCUCCGCGGGGAUGGCCAUCUACGAUGCCAUGCAGUUCGUGCCCUGCGACGUGUCCACGGUGUGUUAUGGCAUGGCUGCCUCUAUGGGAGCUUUUCUCCUGGGAGCAGGAACCAAGGGAAAGAGAAGGUCGCUGCCCAAUGCACGCAUCAUGAUUCACCAGCCGCUGGGCGGUGCCGGUGGCCAGGCCGCGGACAUUGAGAUUCAGGCAAAGGAGAUCCUCUUCCUCCGAGAGAUCCUCAAUACGUACCUGGCGGAUUUCACCGGGAAGCCCUUGGAGGUGGUGGCGGAGGACUGCGACCGUGAUUACUACAUGACGCCGGAGGAAUCAAAACAGUACGGCAUCAUCGACGAGGUCAUUGAGACCAAGAGCUGGCCGCGCCUGAAGAAGCCGGUGAAGCCCGAGCUGCAAACGGCCCGAUAA